AUGUUCGGCAACAAUAAGUGCAAGGUCGCCAUUGUAGGUGCAGGUGGGCGCCUCGGCAAGCACAUUUUAAGCGCUUUACUGUCCCCCGAGUUCAGGAGCAGUUAUGCGGACGUCGUGGUUCUACGGCGCUCCGGCACGGAGAGUGCUGUCAUCCCGAACGCCACAGUCCGAACAUUCGAGCAAGACACAAUCGGUGAUUGUAUCCACGAUGUUGACGUCCUCAUCAGUGCAGUGGGGCCAACGGGUCACGCCUUCAAGGACAGUCUGGUCAAUGCCAUGGCCAAGUCUUCGGUCAGACUCUACAUUCCGUCAGAGUUUGGUGUCGAUCACACUGUUCAUGACUUCCCGCAUGCCGAGUGGGAUCACAAGAAGCUGCAUUUCGACCUGACCCAGAAGUUCAUUCCCAACGUCCAGGUGCUACGGAUCUAUGUCGGCUUGUUCUUGGAGGAGAGUAUUGGUCCAUGGUUCGGAUUUCAUACCGCAGCGGACAAGUAUGAUUGCAUCGGGUCUGCCGACACACCUGUCUCGUAUACCUCACUUGACGAUGCGGGUAAGGUCGUCGCUCAAGUUGCUCGGAUGCAGAUGUUGCCAAUCCUAGAGCAGAUACAUAUCGGCGGAGACACAAAGUCUACCCGAGAGACUGCGCAUAUAAUGCAAGAGGCUGGUGCUGGGAAGGUGAAAAUCAACGAGCUCGAUCUGGAAAAGUGGAAGAAGGCCACGAUUGAGGAGGGCACCGCCGACCCAUCGAAGUACCUACGGUUCCUCAUGGGUGAAGGCAGGAUAAAUCACACUCAAGAAGGUCUUGGAAAUGACAAUGAGAUCGUCAAUCCUGGUCAGACUCUCUGGAAAUGGAAAACAAUGAUGGAUUACGCUCAGGAGACAAAGGGCAAACCGUGGGCAGAAUUCAAGUGGGAUGAGUCUGUUGUAAGCUGA